AUGGCUCAGCAGAGCCCCAGAGGAACCGGACCCCCCGCGGAAACCCGGGCCCCCCCCCCCGGAAACCCGGACGCCCCGCCGCAGGGUCCGGUGGCCCGGCAGCCCACGGCGACCCGGAACAGCCGCCCGCCCCCGGGACGCUUCCAGUCCGGCGGACACAAAGAGCGGGCCGGGGCACUCGGACCGGAGGCCGGCUCACGGCCGGCUGAAGUUUGCCAGCUUGGCAGAGCCAGACGGCGCCGACUUUACCGGAGUUUCCCGGAGCCUUUACCGGCGGGGAGACGGGGGGAGAGGAGGGACCCCCGGGCGGAGCAGCUCUUACCUGAGGUUUGGUGUUCGCCAGCAGAGUGCGCAGCUACACGGGGGUAUACGGUAGCGGCGCAGCGGGGGGGGGGCAGCCCAGCCCGGCCCGGCCCGGCCCGGCCCGGCCCAGACCUGGACCAACCCACUCCGAGCACCAACUUUAGCCAGCUGGAGAAGAUGGAGCCGAAAGCAGCAGUUCUCAGCACAGCCCCCCCCAAACCUGUCCAGCGCCACUCAUAUGCAGACACUGGUACAAGGAUUGGGAACAUCUCUGCGCACCUUUCGCUGAGCCGAUCUGCACUCUGCCACAUCUCGGGCUUCUGUCUCCAGAUCCAAAGCCCCGGUCCCUCUAUCUACCCUCCCGUGCUCUCUUCACUCUGCCCCCCCCUUCACAAAUCACUGUUCAUCAGAGGUGGGGCCAAUGGGGAGCCAACAGCAGGGACCACAACACUGAGCCCUCCGGACCAGAAGGGGCGCUGUCCAGCAGACCCGACGAAGAAGAAGAAGGACCACAACAGCAACAAGAAGACAAGAAGACGUGUGAGCGCGACCAGAGCAGAGGAGCUGCCGCCUCAGGGUUCAGAACCAAAGCGGAACACCAUGACUCGUCACGGGAAGAACUGCACGGCCGGAGCCGUCUACACGUACCACGAGAAGCGGAAGGACACAGCGGCCUCUGGCUACGGAACGCAGAGCAUUCGCCUGGGCAAGGAUGCCAUCAAGGACUUCGACUGCUGCUGCCUGUCCCUGCAGCCCUGCCAGAGUCCUGUGGUGACUCCAGAUGGGUAUCUGUACGAGAAACAGGCCAUUCUCGAAUACAUUCUUCACCAGAAGAUGGAAAAUGCCAAGAAGAUGAAGAGCUGGGGGCCCCCUGAAGCCUUUGCCAUAGUUCUGUACAGAAUUGUUGACUUUAUCCUUCAGGCCUACGAGAAGCAGAAGCAAGCACAGAAGAGCAGCCUGCAGCUGGAGUCCAAAUCGGAGGAGAGGCAGAGGGUGGAGAGGUUUAAGAGCAGGGAGAACAGCAUCGUGUCCAAACCCAUCAACCCCUUCACUUCUGGACAGAGCAAAGAGAGUGAGGGCAGCCGGGCGCAGAGCAGCUCAGGAGAAGCCCCCCCCGCCGGGCCAGCCUCCGCCUCCACCUCCACCUCCACCUCCACCCAGAGCCUGCCCAGCUUCUGGAUUCCCUCUCUGACCCCAGAGGCCAAGCCCACCAUUCUCAAAAAACCAAGUAAGGCUGUCUUAUGCCCCAUGUCUGGGAGAGCCAUCAGGAUGAACGAGCUGAUCCCAGUGCGCUUCACCCCGCUGGACCCCAGUCUGGACAGAGUGGCCCUGCUGAACCGGCAGGUCAGGCACGGUGUCCUGCCGGCCGGAGCCCGGCGGUCCGGCCUGCCGCGCUACGGCCGGAGGUGGAGCCUAGCGGCCGGCCUGGCGGCGUGCCCUCAUGCCAACACCCGUUCCGUGUCCCCCCUCCCUCCCCAGGAGCGGUACGUGUGCGCCGUGACCAGAGACGUCCUGGGGAACAGCGUGCCCUGCGCCGUGCUGCGGCCCUCGGGCUCCGUGGUGACGCAGGAGUGUGUGGAGAAGCUCAUCAAGAAGGACAUGACUGAUCCAGUGACUGGAGACACAUUAAGUGACAAAGACAUCAUACCACUGCAGAGGGUAGGCUCAGCUCUGGCCCCAGAGCAGUCCAUGGCUGGACCCGCCUGGCCUGGGCUCUCCUCGUUGGUCACUGCACUUAAACUGAGCAGUAAUGGGGGGCCCUUCCUCUUAAGCGGGUGGAACCGGCUUUGCAGCCUCUGGGGUUGAUCUGAGUGCCAAAGAGGCUCGUCCCGUGAUGCAGGUGUAGACCAUAACCAUCCUGUACCAAAGAGGGCUGACUCCCUCACCCUCUUCUUUUCUAACCCGUAGACCGCUCCUAUCCAUGUAUUCAUGUAUAACGUCUGUUGAAAUGUUGAACCUCAGUUGCUGUAGGUUGCAUUUUUAUGAAAUAAAUGUUGCUGAUUCCA